AUGAAUUCUGAAAAAAAUAUUAUAUUUCAGGCAGCUUUAAGCUUUUGGAUUAAUAAAGGAAUUGAUGGAUUUCAUUUUUCCUCAAUAGACUAUUUACAUAGAAGUGAAGAUGGAAAGGAUCCAAAUUGGGAAAAAAUUGCAAAAAUAUUGCGUUCAUUAAGAAUAUUUUUAGAUGAUGAAAGAGGAGGAGGAAGUGCUAGAGAAAAAAUCUUUCUUUUUGCUUCCCACGCCCAUUUAUCAGAAGCUUCAAAACGGUUAUUAAUAGAACAUGCUUCGCUUAAUUUAAUUGUAAAUACAGAAUUACAAAGUUUAGCUUCUGGAAAUUUAAUUUGUUCAUCAAAAAAUAAGGGAAAUAAUAUUGGGGAAUGUGCUAAUGAAAUUAUAGCAGAUUUAUUAAUUUUUCAUAAAAAUGAUGAAGAAAGAAGUGCUACUGGUUUAGUGGAAAAGGAUGAAGAUCGAGUAAAGGUCUGGCCUGUUUGGAAUUUUGGAAAUGCCUUUACUCCACGUUUAGCUUCCAGAGUUGGCAGUCGAAUAAUUGCAGAAAUUUUAAUUCAUUUAAUUUUGAUUUUGCCUGGAACGCCGUUGUUGUAUUAUGGAGAGGAAAUUGGCCAAAAAGAUUUGAGCAGAGGAAAGUUUCCCCAACGAGGCCCUCUUGGCUGGAAUAUUGAUGAAAUUGAAGAAGAAAAUCCCCAUUUCUCUUCAACAAAUAAUAUUACCAAUUUUACUUCAACAGCUUCCCCUAGCCUAAAUAGACCCAAGGCCUCCCAAAUAUCUCAAAACAUUUUUCGCAAUUUUUUGAGGCUUUCAAAUUUACGAAAAUAUAGCAAUUCUUUACGUUAUGGCAAUGUUUAUAUUACUAAACCUAUGGAACAUGAUGCUUUUUUGCUUUGUAGAUAUAUUGAAAAUAAUAGAGAAAAUGAUAGAAAAUUUUAUGGAGAGAUAACAAUUUUUGCUGCAAAUUUUGGCUCAAUAACUCGUAUUCUACCUCUAUCACAACUUUUUCCCCUCUUUCAACAAAACAACAGCAAAAAUCAAAAAUGGCAUGGAAGGGUUAUUGCAAAUUCUAUAAAUGCUUUAGAGGAUUACCCAAUAAAUUCUUUUUUGGAUUUGACUAGAAAAAAAUUAAUUAGAUUAGGACCUAUGCAAUCAAUUGUGAUACAAGCAUUUAAUGGCUAUUUUUAGAAGAGAAAGGAAAUUCACUUUUUUGUUCAAUUUAGAGGAGAGCUUUUCCCUUUAGAAAAAUUUUUUUCAGGUUUUUUUAAUUUUUUUAAAGACCUCUUUCUCUCUUUCAUUUUUUUCUUUAAAAACUAGUCUUCUUUUUUAGCUCUAUUUUUUAUAGGACUGUUCCCCUGUCCACAGAAGUUUGGGGAAAAUUUUUUUAUCCUUCUUUUUUUUGGUCCCCUUUAUCCUAGUCUCGCACUCUCCCCUAAAGACUCUGCUUCUCCCUAAAAAUUUUGCCCCUUCUCCCUUCGUCGGAGAAAAAUCCUAGCACAAAAUUUUUGAAAAUUCUCAUUCCAUUCUCUCUCUCCAUCCUGGUUUCCUUCCCAAAUUUUGCAUUUUCUGCUUUCUCAAAAUUUUGCACCUUGGUCCAUGGAAACCUUAAUUAUUUAGACAAUUAUCAACUUGUGUCCACAAAAAUUUUUGCUGACACUUAAUUAAUCCUCAAUCGUUUUAUCUCCAUUCUUCCUUAUUUUUUAAUCGCCCAUUUUUUGAUUCCGUCCAUUUUUAACCGUUCUUUAAUGGUUGUUUCUGCAUUUUUCGCUUAUAUUUCGCUUUUAAAAACCAAAUAUAGCUU